AAGCAGGAAGUACUCAUGGGUGAGUCCUCUUGCAUUUCACGGCUAGCUUCCCUCCGGAGCACAAACCUGUAACUUGCAAGUUCGUUUUGUUUCCAAGUGUACGUUUUAUAACUCGGAACAGAUGUCACAGAAUGCCGCGAGACGUCCCGGGGUUGGGGUGGGUGUCCUGGUCACAGAUUCGGCUCAUUCGGGCUGUGUCCUCGUCGGAAAAAGGAAAAGUGUGACGGGAAAAGGGAAGUACCAACUUCCCGGCGGCCACCUGGAGUUUGGGGAGACGUGGGAGGAGUGUGCUGAAAGGGAGGUGUUGGAGGAAGCUGGCCUGCAUUUGGUGAACGUCCGCUUUGCCUCUGUGGUGAACUCCAUCGCACUGGAGGAACAAUAUCACUAUGUUGACAUCAUUAUGCAAGGAGAUUUAGACAAGGAGCGAUCCACAGAGCCCCAGAACUUGGAACCCGAGAAAAAUGAGGGAUGGACGUGGAUGCGGUGGGACCAGUUUCCUCCCGAGGACCAGCUCUUUUUGCCAUUGGCUCACCUGAGAGAACAAGGCUACCAGCCCUUUACAAGUGCACAAGCAGAAACUUAAAGUAACUGUUCCAUUCUAUUCAUGAGUCAAAGAACCCUUCUGUUUUGUAUUUGACUCUUUUGUAGCAAAGUGUACAAGGGUAUGUAAGAACUUAGACAUAAGAUCUUUAUUUUCACUCAUACAGAUGCACACAUUUUUCCAUGUGAUAUGAUGACCUGAGCACCAUCAUGGGAAACAUUUCCUGUAUUGUAGCUAAGAGAGUCAGCCAUUCACAUUAACACAAUGUACCAAAAAAAAAAUCUUCCUAUUGUUGUGUCAAAACAUUCAUAUACAAACGCUGGUCAUGUGUUUUGUGAAUCUUGAGAUUUAAGCAUUCACGCAAAUGCUACUGUGAGCAACAAGCCCUUGUUUUUCCUCCAGCAUGGUAUGCGUUCCUGUUUGGGUUUUAAUAUACUAUUUAUUUAAUGUUCAUAAUUUGAACAAUAGGUGCAAUGAAAUAAAAUGUAAAUAUCUUA